CUGUGGAGACACGUCACGCAGGCGCAGUUGAGUGGACUUCCCAGGUGGGUGGUUCAGCUCUUCUGGUGCCGGGUAGCGUGCCUAUGGGACGCUGGGUUCAGUUCACAUCCUUUGUCGUCUUUCCUCGUCACAAGAGCAAGAAGACUGAUAAACGGUGCAAAAUACCGACUUUUUUUUUCAACCCCUAUAUUUUCAUAUUUCUUACUUCGACUAAAUUAUUAACACACGAGAAAGAAAGAAAGAAAGAAAGAAAGAAAGAAAGAAAGAAAGAAAGAAAGAAAGAAAGAAAGAAAGAAAAAAGUUUUCGCAUGAAAACUUAAUGCUUUGAACAGGAUAUUCUUUUAUCAUUGCAACCUGCCGGGAUCCAAACAAUUUCUCACCCUUGGGGAAAAGUAUUUUUUCGUGGCUUGUUGAUUUUAACAGCAUGAGUCGCUGGUGGGGGACUGCCGUGGGAGUCAUUAUCCUAUUCGGGGUUUUGGAGACAUAUCAUUGUCAAACGACAGUGAUGGCAGGGGACUGCUCUCUGAUGGACUCGUGUGAGGGCUGCAUCAUGGGAGACCUGUCCAUCAACCUAACGGACUGUGUGUGGAAGCAGUGUGACAAUGAUAAUUACACGGGAUGUGUUUCCGGUAGUGAAGAAGCUGAGGGCUGCUCUGUCUUCAAUGAGACAUCAAUAUGCCCCGCCUCUCUGACUCCGACACCUGGCGGCAACGACACAGCAAAUGGCGCCACCCCAGAGCCCAACCCAGUGUACUCACAGGCACAAUUUAACUUAUCCAGUUUCAUUGGAGGUGUAAUUCUGGUAUUGGGACUGCAGGCAGGAGUCUUUCUAGCCAUGAGAUUCGUCAAGAGCAAGGACAGCAGCUAUGAAACAAUAGACCAACCUCAGUAGCAUCAGUGAGGAAGGAGGGAGACCGAAU